AAACUGGUGACAAUGCGGCUUUAACACGGCGUUACAAUAUAGCUUGCAUGCUUGAGCAUCGGGGGAUUUUGGGUUAUAUACUACAGGAAGCAAAAAGGCUUGACACUCACAGAUAUUAUGUACAAAUAGAAGGGCAAGAGUCCGAGCGAGCGAAAAACAAGCAACAUCAUUUUGUGACCUUGUUCAAAACAAGUACUUGAACUGUCUCAAGUCUAAUGUCAAUUAGCUGUCCAAUCAAACAUCGCAUCCACCAUGCAUAGCCAAUUACAUACCAAUGACAAAAGAGAUACCCUAAGGAUGUUAGAGGUUGAGGAAAGAAGAAUUGAAUGCCACAAAUACCAGGUUGACUUAGGCGAGUUUGAUGGAUGUUAAGAUUAUUUGUAACUCCAAAGAAUCGUCAGACUGAUUUUGCAAGCUGAAAGAAACUUCAGUCAAGAAGAAUUCGCUCAAAGUCUCUCGAUUUUUGGCAAGCUGCAGAAGGAUCUCGAUUCAGAAAAACUGACACCCAAGCCAUGAUCGCUGAAGUCAUCCUUCUCAUUGUCACCCUGGUGCUUCUUCACCAUCUCUUCCAUCGUUACACCGAGCCCUCCAACCUACCCCCUGGACCACGCCCUUACCCUCUUAUUGGAAACCUCCCGCAAGUGGUUGGCUCAUUUUCCUCACUCCACGUCAAGUUCACUGAGCUCGCGAAAGCAUACGGCAGCGUCUACACUCUAUACCUCAACGGUCAGAGGUCUGUCGUCGUCGGCUCUGCCAAGGCACUGCAUGAGGGACUGGUGGAGAGAAAAGACGCAAUUGCAGGUCGUCCUUAUAGCUUCUCUAUGGAAUACGGGUGCAAAGGGUGCAAAAACGUAGGAUUCGCCGACUUUUCUCCUCUUUAUUUGUUCAAACGGCGCGUUGUGCAUUCAUCUCUGCGUCAAUACUACCCCCAAGUUGAAGACAAUGUCAAUCAUCAGUUGGAUGACGUACUGACGAGGAUAAAAGCGCUUGACGGAACCGCCUUUGAUCCACAUUAUUUACUAUCAUUGGUAUCGCUGAAUCUAAUGAGUUCUAUAACUUUUGGAACUAAUUACACACUUGAUGAUCCUGAAUUUCUUCGUUUGGUUCAAAUGAACGAUGCAUUUGGUCAAUGUUUCGGAGCCUUUAAUAUCCUGGAUAUGUUUCCGUUUCUAUUGCAUUUCCCAAUAAAGGCCUCCAAGUUGCUUAAAUAUCUUGCUACGGAUCGAUACGAUUUCUUAAUGGAAAAAGCAAGAAAACACGAAAUUAAUUACGAUGGCAAAACGAUCCGUGAUCUAACAGAUGGAUUUAUCAAGGCGCUUUCAGAGGCUGAGAAAGAUGGUAGCGAAAUCCAUAGCCUAAUCGAUACUGAUCACGUUGCCAUGACAAUGGGAGACAUGGUGUUUGCGGGCUCAGAGACGUCUGCUACAACAAUGCGGUGGAUGCUGGCGUACCUAACAGUUUACCCAGAAGUCCAAGCGAGGCUGCACCAGCAGCUGGAUGACGUCAUUGGAAGAGACAAAAAUACAAUCAUCACACUGAAUGACCGAGAUCGAUUGCCUUACGUAGAGGCGGUCAUAGCCGAGACAUUGCGCGUCUCACCACCAGGACCAUUUUUACUCCCGCAUAAGGCAACGUGUGACACGACACUGGACGGUUACUUGAUCCCAAAAGAUACCACCGUCAUCUUCAACCUGUGGAAAAUACAGAACGACCCUGCCGAGUGGGCGGAUCCCCACGUGUUCAACCCCGCCCGCUUUCUGGACGAGGAAGGUAUCCCCAAUGAAGCCCAAUGGAAAUUGACAUUCGCCAGUGUUAUUGACAUAGUUCGCUCGACAUUUCCCGCCAUUAGAACACUUGAGUUUGUCGCAAGGAUUCUGAAAACACAAGUAGAAAAGCGAAGCAAGUUUUGAAGCUGUCAUUUAACUGGAAAAUCCUUGGAAACAAGAAGAAUGAAGAGAAACCUUUGCUAAGGCUGUUAUAAAAAAAAAAUACAUUCAUCGACGUUUAACAUUCUUCUUACUGGAGAAUUGGGAGUUGGCGGUUUUUCUAUGACGCGUUCCUCGUACUUACUGGAAUGAUGUAAUGGUUUGAUGACGUGUUGCGGUGAAACUUCUAGGAGGCGUUAAACUUGUCGUCGAAUAGAAGUUCGCACCAGAUCUUAAAGCUCGGAUCAGCAGAUGCCUUUUUUCCCGAGUUGAUUGACAAACAAGCCGGGAACUCAUCCAUGCACUUCAGCCAACAAGUCGCGACAUCCAGUUCCAUCGUCUUUGCCAGGGCUUGUACCGCAAGAAAGUAAUUCAGAUGUUCGUUGAAGUUUACAAAAGAGAAUUCACCUCCGUCAUUAUCCAUUGGUUUAUGUUUUUCACCAUUUGAGCUACAUGCCAUUAGAAGGAAUGGUACAAUAAGGAGAUACAUGGCCCGAGGCUUAAGGAGCGCAAAGGACUUCACUUCCUUCCCUAUCCACACAGCCAACUUGAGGCCCAAAAAUCAGAUGCCUGUGAGCUAUGCAGACCCUUUUAAGGAUUAAUUUAAAUUUAAAUUAAUGGGGCGCACGCUGAGUGAGUCCUGCACACACUCGCUCGCUCGAAGCUUUCCAUUUGGCCGUCACAUUUGGUCAUCACAUUGCAUAAAUCAUAUGGUUAGUUACUUUUUAAACGAAUAAAAAGAAAACAACCAUAAAGGCAAUCUUUGCACGUUUUAUUCAAAUGUCAGAGCAUGGGAUGCAAGUAUAAGUUUGAAACAACGAUUUUUUUCCUGGCACCAGUCAAGAUGAAUUAUUUUAAAUAGUCUAUAAACUCGUCUACUAUAUUUUGUUUACCAUUCACGAAAAUUAGACACGAGUUAACAGAUUGUAACACAGGAAUCUCGCUACGAUACACAAAGUCGACACCGAAACAUGGAAUCUUUUACCCUGGUUCCAGAGUCUCGUGCGUCUCUCUAUUUAGUGGCCCGAGAGACUCUUGAGGCUCUGGGACCAGAGUAGGAAUCUUUGGACAUUAUCAAAUAUUUUUUCUUCACAAAAGAAACCAACAAAUUGUCAUUUUAAUCAGGUUCGAUAGCAUAACAAAUUUUAUCAUUUUCAAGCUUUUGUCUUUUCCAAUUUAUUUUCAUUAGACACAGCUUGAUAAAUUAUUUUUGAAAUCGUAUAUCAUUCCCAAACAAGUGAUGAAUAUUGUAUGAUUUCAAUUUUUUUGCGUCAAAUGUUGCGUUUCGUUAGAUAUAUGUGGAUUUUCUCAAUGAAUGCUAACACUCUAUGGUUGCCCUGCUUUCUAAGAAAUUCCAGCUGUUUUAUUAAGCCCUGCGCAUGCGUGCUCACCCACAGUAUCUUGAGCCAAUCAGCAUCUUCGACUAAAUGCAAAAUGGGUUCCAGUUAUCAAUGGUUCUUUGCGCGCUGAGACCGUCGUGAAGGCCAAUAGUCCAGUUUCGAGUUCCACUGUGCCUGCUGGUCAUAGGCACCGAGGACGCAUAAAUACCGUGCAAGCCUCGGUUUCAAUUGAAUCGAUUGCAAAUACCAGAGAGAUCAUGAAGUAUUCACAGGUUUUUGCAUUGUUUUAUUCCAAGUUCCAGAGGAUUCUCUCGCUGGUAUGCGCAUGAAAUUUGCCUCAAAUCGAGGCUGUAUUUAUUCGUCCUUAGCUGUAAGUCCAGCGGUCAUAGUGGAACUAGAAAUUGGGCUAUUCCUAUGACGAUAAGCGAGCGUUUCCGAAAUUAUCUCGAACCAAUUCCAUCACUCUGCCAGCGUGAUUGACAGAGUAUGAUUAGUUGAAUUUGUAUCCAGAAUAUGGCGAAUCCUUGCAGAAUUCUUUGUUUGUGCCUUCACUAGUUCUUGCAAGUUUUUCAUGGAACAUGCGUUUCCCACUAUUGAAAAUGUUUCUCUCUUCAGCAGUAUGUAUCUUUGUUUACAAGGAUCAUACAUAUGUAUUCCUAAAACCUGAACUUGGUAAAAUCCUGCGUAUGGCUAUAGGGCCUCAAGACGAAUGGAAUGGAUAUUUUAGACGAAUUAAAAUAAUUCAUUUCUAUGGCAACUGUUCAUCUUUACGAUUCUUGAUAUCAAAAAGGUACUAAUGAAAUAAAAAGUUUAGCUU